CUUUUACUCAACAGAAUCAAAGCGUCCGGCCUAAAGCUGCGGUUCUGCACUAACGAAACACAAGCGACCCGAGAGAAAUUUGUGAAGAAGCUGCAGGGCCUGGGCUUUGACAUCUCUGUGGCUGAAGUCACCGCCCCAGCACCAGCAGCCUGCCGCCUUCUGAAGGAGCGUGGGCUGAGGCCACACCUGCUCGUGCACGAUGAUCUUGUCCCUGAAUUUGCUGACAUUGAUAAAACGAACCCAAACUGUGUGGUUAUCGGAGAUGCAGCAGAAAAUUUCUCCUAUGCAAACCUUAAUGAAGCUUUCAGAGUUCUGAUUGGAUUGGAGAAGCCUGUUUUGAUCUCCCUUGGAAAAGGACGCUACUAUAAAGAAACUGAUGGUCUGAAACUUGAUGUUGGAGCAUAUAUGAAGGCAUUAGAGUAUGCCUGUGAUGUUCAAGCUGAAGUAGUGGGAAAACCAGCGAAAGCGUUCUUUGAGUCAGCCCUAGCAGAAAUGGGAGUUCCACCAGAGCAGGUAAUGGUUCUGAAUGAUGGAAGACGUUGUGCUUCACAAGAUAACAGCUGCUCUGAGGGCUGCAGCGAGGGGGAUUUGCAGCUAAAAUGUUAUUUCCUUUGCUGUCACAAUUGCUAUUUUUUUUUAGUAUGGUUCCUAAAGGGAAAGACAGGAAGCACCGACUGGCCCAAAUCCCCUCUCAUGUUGCUGAUUUCAUCAGGCUUUCCAGAAACACACUGAGGGUGUGGGAUGCUC